AGUUAUUCACGCUUAGAGUAAGGUGAUACUAACAUUUGACGACGAAGAUCCAAAGAGGAUCCUUCACUGAACGUCCAACGAUGAAAAGCUUAUUCAUUUGCUUCGUUUUGUUUUCUGGAAUAGUUUCGGGACAAGAUUUCCCGACUUUGUUUCCGGUCGAUCCAUUUGACCCGUAUAACGAUGCAGCUCGUCUAUUCGACGCCAUUGAUGGUUGGGGAACUGACGAAGACAAAAUCAUCAGCGUCCUUUGCUAUCGAACUGCAUCGCAAAGAGAUAUCAUCACGACGACUUACAACAAUCAGCACGGCAGUUUGGCCGAUGAUCUUAAGUCAGACUUGACGGGUACCUUUAAAACUCUGACGGUUAUGCUAACUCACGGCAUGAUCAAAUUUCUAUCGCUUGAGCUACAUGACACGAUGGCUCGGGCUGGAACGGAUGAAAAAUCUUUGACGGAAAUCAUAAUGAGUAGAUCGAAUCAAGAGUUGUCAGAAAUCAGAACCUUUUUCAUCGACUAUUACGGGCAUUCGUUAGCUUCGGAAAUAGAGGCCGAUACGAGUGGUGCUUACCAAACACUUUUGAUUCAAAUGGCAGAGGGACUAAGGGAUGAAAGUACAUUUGUGAACAUGACAGCGGUAGAGAAAGAUGUCGUCGAUUUGUACGAGGGAGGUCCCGCUAUAGAAGGAACCAACGAAGAUAUUUAUAUAGACGUGUUUUCUUUACGCAACUAUGUUCACGUGAAUGAAGUAGCCAUCCUCUUCGAAGAAACGUAUGGAAUUUCGCUCACUACCGUUGUUACCACGGAAUUUGAAGGAAGGGACAUGGGAAAUGCGCUCGUGUCCAUUCUGCAAUAUAGUCGCGACAAGGCAAGAUACUUUGCCUCCCGGUUCCAUGAGUCUAUUGCUGGAGCUGGAACGGCAGACCAAGAUCUGAUGCGCUUAACGAUUAGUCGUUGCGAGACCGAUCUCGGUAACAUCAAAAUUGCCUAUCAAAACAUCUAUGCUGCUUCACUUAGUAGUGAUGUGUCGGACGAUACUUCUGGAUCCUACCGCUCAGCAUUACUUGCAUUGAUUGAUUAAAGGAAAUCGUCAGCGGACGUCAGAUAAAGCACAUUACCUCUUUAAAAACAGAUACAGUAUGCAAUGUGCAAUAAGGUCUGUGUAAUAGUGUAACCUCUGGAUCCAUUAAAAAUUCCUCUUUCUAAAAGAAAACAAAGCACUGCAUUAGAAAUUCUAUUUUGAUUGUUCACCAGUCGAGGCUACUAUAUUGGUUUUCAAAAACUAGAGCUACAUUUUCCUGCUUUUAUACCAACAAAAUGUAAUAUUCUUCCCCAAAUCUGCCAACACCGUAGCAAAGUACUGCAUUCAUUAGAGCGGUUUGUUGAAAAAACUUAUACCAUUUUCGCUGGAGCAUAUAGAAGAAAAAAAUAUUGCUCCAUUGGUACUUUGAUAACUUCAGGAGAAGGAGUGGAUUUCUAACCGGGAAUAGUAAUUCCAGGUGAAAACUUCAUUUUUCAUUCGGUUCCCUGUUAACCUAACCGAUCCUUCAAUCCCUUAAACAAAAAUGAAUAUUUUCAUCAACUAUGCUUCUUGAGUUACAUUCCAUGAUACACAAUGACAGAGAAUUCAAAUAAAACACAAUUUCUACUCAA